UUUGCUACCGGAAUUUAAGAAGAAGAGAGACAACCUAAAAUUUUGGGAACAUUUUUCAUUUGUUUAGAAAUAAAAAAACUGGCAAUAUAUUGUUUAUCUAUGGACGAAAAGGCAGACCCCACAAAUUUAGAAGAAAAUGCGAAUGCUGAGAAUGGUACUUAUAUUUUCUUAGAUUUUAAUGGAAAACUUCCAAGUGAAUCUCUUGAAGAAAAAACAUUUCUUCGCAUUGCAAAUCUACAUAAAGAGCAUCCCCUCAUACAAGUCAACGAUUUAGUUUUUAAAGGUAAAUAUGAUUACAGCAUUGGCACAAACUUAUUUUUUGAGAAAUGUGAUGGGCUUGAAUCACCUGCAUUAUCAGUUUUUGAAAAAAAGCCUGCCAAGUUUGUAAUAUCGCAAAGCAAAGUGAUACAUUUUAAACAAGCAAGGAUUUCAACUCGAAAAUCAGACAUUCCCUUCAAUAAACACAACAUAAAUUAUAAUUUAGACUGGGAUUACAAUGAACUUUUAAAACAAUUUGAGCAAGGCUCCCUAGAUUUAAAACAAUUAGUAAAAAGUCAAGACAAUGACAUUGAAAAUGAGGAUGAUGGAGUUACAAAGAAAAUUCCUGAAAAAGAACAAAUUGUAACAGAACAUGUUGACAAUAUGGAUACUCAUGAAUUCGAGAGUUUGUUAGUUAAAAAAGCUCCAGUAGAAAAAACUGAAAAACACAAGAGUUUGGAAUGGGAGUACAUGAAACUUCAAAUGUUAGCCAGACAACCAAUGAGAACCAAAACCAUUUCAGAAGUUGUAUCUGUUUCUGCAUAUCAGGAUAUCUAUGAAUAUAAAAGUGUUGAGUGCAAAGUUUUGCAGCCACCUUUAUUUAAGACAAGUAUUAUAGGCUUAUGUGAGGAGACAUUAUGGCAGUUUAUAGACCUCAAUAGAUGCUGUACAAUUGGUCUUAUUUCAUUGUCCAAUGAUUUUCCAAGAAAACUGACAGAUUAUGAAAAACAGAAGAUUUUAACUCUUGAAAAUUUUGAUAAUUUAUCAUUGCCAGUUAGGCUGAUUGUUUUAAAGGCUCAGAUAGAAAAACUUGAAGUUCACAUAGAAAAGCUCCAAGAACAGGAUUUGAUCAAGGUUGAUGAAUAUGGUCGGCAACCUCAGGAAACAUUAAAGUUUUAUAAGAAGUUAGUUAUGUCAUUACAAAGGAAGUUGAAACAAAUAUCAGAAACUACCAAUGAAUAACUUUGAACAAAAAUGUUGGAUACAAUUUUGAAGUGAUUUUUGAAAAAUAAAAGUUGAAAAUAGAAAAAUGGAGUCUUUCACUUCGGGUAAUGGAUGGAAUGAAUUUAAUAUAUGGAGCUCCAAGUACUGGAAUCUGUCAGCAAUUAGGUAUAUUGGAUACCUAUCUAUUGAUAUGUCCAUUUAUUUUUAAAUAAAAC